AUGGUAGAGACGGCUGCUGAGGCUAUGGAACCCACCAAGGCAGGCAUCAUGGGGCUGUGCCAGGACAUGGUCUCCAAAAUGGCCAUGUACCUAACAGGUGAAGACUAUAAACUUCUGGAAAAUAUGAACAAACUGACUCACCUGAAGUAUCUAGAAAUGAAAGACAUCACAGAAAACAUGAGUAGAAACCUAAAGGCCUUAAACCAGAAAUCUGCAGCGCUUCCGCCUCAUCUGGAUCAGAUCACUUUAACUGAGGAGCAAGUAGCAGCUGCUGCGCAGGCAGUUUGCAAGUUGGAUGCAUAUUCGAAGAAAGUAGAAGCAAAAUACAAGAAGUCAGAGAAGCAAUGA